AUGGUGAAAGCAGUGACAUUGCUGAGCAUGUGUGUUGAAACUCUUGGUACAAGUGAGAUGACCAACACGGUGGAGAACGAGAUCCAGCAGGAGGCCAUGACAUGGCUUGGUUGGUGGGAGAUGGACUAUAAGUCCACUCUACGUGUUUUUUUUUUGAACUUCACCUUUCUCUUUACAGGGAUACUUGCUGGAACACUUUUGAAAGAGCGCAUGAUCACGUGGUGGAACAAGUUGAAAGAACUAGAAGAUGAGAUGCAGAGGAAGAGGCGCGACAUGCACCAAAGAGCUCUGGCAGAACUACAUGCAAGAGACUAUGUCCGACAGACAACGCAGAUGCUUGAGAUGUACAAAGGACAUGUGAGUGAUGACCAAGUUCAACCACCGCAGCUUGAACCCCUUCGAGUCAACAGAGUUCAAGCAGCCUAUGACCGCUUCUUGAUAGCUCGAAGCGAGACACGCGUGCGAGAAAGGAAUCCACCAGAACAUGAUCAACAAGGAGUUGAUGGAGAUGGUGACGUGCACAUGAGCACUGAAGAGGAGAACAUUACAAUCUACGAUUGGUCUCCCACUCAAGGACGAAUGGUGAACUACAGGAUCCUUGAGAACUCCAGUGACGCUUCAAGUGGAGAGAGCUACUUCCAGAGGACAAGAGAUGGAAGCAGCUAUGCACGCCGCUACAGGCCUACAAGUUCAGAAAGAGAAGGUGGUAUGACAAACAGUGAUCCUGAAGAUCGACCAGCAAGGAGGAGCAGCCCUGAGCCACAGGAAGAACCUGUGGACCCUGUUCCCAACAGGUUUGAGGAUUGGGGUUACCUCUACACCUUGAUCCCGCAGAUUGAGAAGAUCCGAUAUUUGUCCAAGCAGUUCCUGCAACUUUUGGCCGCAAAGCACAACCCCAAUGAACCAGGACUGCAGUUCGACUACGCCUUGAUGUAUGACAUCUACGACAAAAAUUAA